CUUUUUCAGUUCCACAUGGUGGCAGACCUCCAGGAGGCAAGAAAAGACACGUUUUACUUCCACGGGAGCAUUUUAAAGUAAAUCGCAUCUCAUUCUCGUGUCCUUUCUUUGCAGUUUACCAGGUCUUUGAAAGCGUGGCCAAAAAAUAUGAUGUAAUGAACGAUUCAAUGACUCUUGGGAUCCAUCGAGUGUGGAAGGAUAUCCUCAUUCAUAAAAUGAACCCUUUCCCAGGAAUGCUUCUUCUUGAUGUUGCUGGAGGAACAGGUGACAUCGCCUUUCGAUUUCUUAAUUAUGUUCGCUCUGCACGAGAACGCCAGCUCCAGCGGAGGCUUAAGCACCAUCAGAAUUUAUCGUGGCAGGAAAUUUCUGAGAGUUACCAGGAAGAGAAAUGCAAGUCGCUAGGGGAUUCCCAGGUGGUGGUCUGUGACAUUAACAAAGAAAUGUUAAAAGUUGGGAAGCAGAAAGCACAGCAUCUUGGCUACUCCGAAGGCUUGUCCUGGGUACUUGGGAAUGCUGAAGAGUUGCCCUUUGACGACGAUAAGUUUGAUGUUUACACAAUUGCCUUUGGAAUCCGAAAUGUAACUCGUAUUGAUUUGGCGCUUGAGGAGGCCUAUCGUGUGCUGAAGCCAGGAGGAAGAUUUCUCUGCCUUGAAUUUAGUCACGUCAGCAACCCUCUUCUUUCCAGGCUCUAUGAUCUGUACAGUUUCCAGGUUAUCCCUGUUCUGGGCGAGGUUAUCGCUGGUGACUGGAAGUCUUACCAGUAUCUCGUGGAGAGCAUCCGACGUUUCCCCCCUCAGGAGGAGUUGAAGGCAAUGAUAGAAGAUGCAGGGUUUUUAAAAGUGGAUUUUCAGAAUUUAAACUCGGGCAUUGUUGCCAUUCACUCAGGUUUCAAACUGUGAGUCUGCUGUGUAGCAAAACACAGGAAGUGUACUUUUCCUGAGGAAUAUGAAAGCUGUGGAAUU